CUCUACUAUAUAAUUGGAGGCCUGGAGAGGUAGCUCUUGCUUAAUUCACCACUUACGUUUUCAACAUAUACAAGAAAAAAAAAAGGAAGAAGAUCCUCUAACAUCAUAGGAUUUUAAAUGGAGAACAAGUUUUUGGCAACCUUCUUCUUGCUUCUCGUCCUCUUCUCAUCUCAGGAGAUUGGGAUUGAGGGAAGGAUGUGCCAAUCAAAGAGCCAUCACUUCAAGCGCAUGUGUUGGAGCGACCACAACUGUGCCAUGAUUUGUCGUACCGAGGGCUUUUCUGGUGGUCACUGUCAUGGCUUUCAUCGCCGCUGCUACUGCACUCGCCUUUGCUAACUUUUGUUUCUUAUUAAUCCAAUAAAUGUACCUUUUACUUUCUUUUUCCAUUUCGAAUAUUGGUAAUAAUAAGAAUGUUUCUCUUUAUGUUAA